AGUUGGAGCAGCCAGCCGCGCAGAGCAGUACAGCUGGGGCGCGUGGUGGUUGCGUUUCCCCCGUUCGAGAAAAAAAGGGCAGAGUCCUAGCCGCCUGGCCUUGGCUUUUCCAUCUCCCGGGGCUUCAGCGUACAGCUGCUGCUGCCCGUUGCCAUUCCUGUGAAACCGUGGUGAGAGAAAGCGGGGGAGGAGCCUACUCCUCCUGCUGGGGGGUUCUUGAUUAUUCUUUGCAAGAUUGGCUGCAAUCAUCGCCGCCAUCAUCACGAAGCGAGCAAGCCAUGGCAGCAUUCGCAGAUGGGGACCCGUCCUCUUCUUCAUCCUGCUCUUCGUGGGAUAGUGACGAUGAGUACCAGAAGUUCAUCCAAAAGAUGAACCCUCCAAGGGUCACGAUUGACAAUGCCUCAUGUGCAAAUGCUACAACCAUCCAUGUGGACAGCGCCAACAAGUAUGGGAUACUACUGGAGGUAGUGCAGGUCCUCACUGACCUCAAGCUCAUUGUCAAGAAAGCCUACAUAUCCUCUGACGGGGGAUGGUUCAUGGAUGUGUUCAAUGUGACAAAUCAAAGUGGGCAGAAGAUAAUGAAUGAAUCUGCGCUGGAAGGGAUAAAAGAUAACAUUUACAAGUCUAUCGCGUCUAGUUCUUGCUUUCUUCCUUCACGGAGGGCCAUUGGAUUUGAGCCUUCCUCCGACUACACCUUGAUAGAGCUAACUGGAAUUGACAGACCCGGUCUUCUCUCUGAAGUGAGCGCCGUGCUCACAAAUCUGGACUGUAACGUGAUGAAUGCUGAGGUGUGGACACAUAACAAAAGAGCAGCAGCAGUCAUCCAGGUCACUGAUAGGAAGUCUGGGCUGGCAAUUUUGGAUGCAGAAAGGCUUGGCAGAAUCAAGGAGCGGCUUCGUAAUGUGUUCAAUGGAAGGAGUAGAGAUGCCAAGACAAUAGUUGCUAUGGGGAUAACCCACACAGAGCGGCGCCUCCACCAAAUGAUGCUUGAGGAUCGAGAUUAUGAAAGGUAUGACAAGGAUAGGGAAAAUGCCAACCCCAUGCCCAUGGUCUCGGUUGUUAAUUGGCUUCAGAAAGAUUAUUCUGUGGUGACAAUGCGGUGCAAGGAUCGACCAAAGCUUCUCUUCGACACAGUUUGCACUCUAACAGAUAUGCAAUAUGUGGUUUACCAUGGCAGUGUGGAUACUGAGGGCCCUCAAGCUUACCAGGAGUAUUAUAUUAGGCACAUUGAUGGAUCACCUGUCAAUUCAGAGGCUGAGAGAAAACGAAUCAUCCAAUGUCUUGAAGCAGCUAUAGAACGGAGAGUAUCCGAGGAGAACGGUCCUUUUCUUCUUGAUGGAGCACAUGCUGUUUUUCUCCAAUGGCCUGAAGUUAGAGUUGUCAACAGGUGACAGAGUGGGUCUGUUAUCAGAUGUAACCCGCAUUUUCCGUGAGAACGGCUUGACAGUCACAAGGGCAGAAGUUUCAACUAAGGGUAACAAGGCUAUCAACACUUUCUAUGUCCGUGACACAACAGGGAGCUCGGUCGAUCUGAAGACGCUAGAAGCCAUAAGGCAGGAGAUAGGGCAGACCGUGCUUCAAGUAAAAGGGCACCCCGAUCACUUGAAAUCGCCAGCACAAGAAUCGCCGACUAGGUUUCUCUUCAGCAGUCUCUUCAGACCAAGAUCACUCUGAAACCUUGGAUUGAAGCCUGAGCAGCCCCACAUUUGGUAAAUACAGUAGCUUCUGUAGCACAUCCACCAUUCUGUACAAAUUUCCCUAUCUCUAGUGUAGAGCUGUAAAUAUCAACAGUCCUGUCGACAUGGUUGCACCCGAUUGCAAGUACCUAGCAUGAUUCAGACUGCUGUAAAUAUUGUCCUUUGCCAUCUCUAGCAGUUGUCUAAAUCUCUUCCAGCUGCUUCUGAUCUUCAAGCGGUGGCCGGUGGGUGCUAAUCAAUCAUGGUUGAAUGUUGAUUCAUAGGAGAUGAAGCCCGGUGGGUGCUAAUCAAUCAUGGUUGAAUGUUGAUUCAUAGGAGAUGAAGCCAUGUUAGUUACACCACGCUGCCAUCAGAAUGGACAGUGAAGGCAGAAUGGGCAUGAAGGGAAGAUGUGUGGUGGGUGCCAGUGGCAUUGCCCCCUUGGGGAUAUUCAGUGGGUGUGGUGAAGUGUGAUACGGCGGCGGCGGCAUACUUGUCCAAGGAAUCGGGCCGACGGCGACCCGGAUGUCAAUUGUGCCGGGCGCACAUGUCAAAGUGGCCGCCAGCUCGGCAGGGGCCUACCACGGCUGCAACUUGGCUUGGGGCUUGGACUUCGCGAGGGGGAUGGAUGAAUCCUGGCCUCAGAGGCAGAGAGAGGCGUCUAGGUAUCUCCUCUUCUGGUGGCGCCAACUAGCUAAGGCAAUCCAGGCAUUUUUGGUAGGCUUGCAGCCUUUUGGUCUCAACCAUGUUUCCUCAUUUUCUGUUGUGCUGUCUCUUUGCCUACUAGUAGUCCUAUCAAGUUACCAUCCGGUUUGCUAUAGUUUCAAGAUCAUCAACAUUUCAAUCCCUACGCAUCGUGUCAAUUUUCUUUGCUACGGUUUGGGUUUCUCCUACUUCAUCCUGCUCUUACCAGCUCCAACUCAUUUAUCUUCGUAGUUAGUAGAUCACAAGAAAUGCUGUUCUUCUGACGAUGUAGUAAGCACACAAAGUUUGAUGUUUUUGGAAUAGGAAGCACACAUUUUGUGUGCUCAGAAAUAAAGGAAAUACACUGUGUCUCAUGGUCUCUCAAGUCUUACGGAAUACAAUACCUUUUUACUGUUCCUUUUUAUGAAUGUUUCCAAUAUGUGAGUUUUAAGAUCUUGUGCCGUAGUACCUCCAGAAUCUUUCAUAACACCUAGAGGCCCUACAGGCAGGGCCACAGUACCCAGCUAAGUUCCUGCCUGCAGAUAUUUCUGGCAUCAGGUAAAUAAGUUGUGGCAUUCAUCUUGCUGCCUGGUCUAUGGUUUUACAGUACUUUGAGCAUGGUUUCACAAUCACAUCACAUGCAUGUCGGUGCUUACCCAUCCAGGUUAAACUACAUCUGAAGAAACUAAUUACCAUCACCCACAACCCCAAUCAUCUCUGAAAGUGUGAGCUGUGAACAUCUGCAGACUUGCAGCAACUUUUCAGUGAGACUUUAUCUCUUGCUACUGCCAGGGCACAGAGGACUGCCAUCGCUGUGCAGGGCCUGGGUAUGAGCCGGAACAGAUCUGGUGCUUCUACAUGCUGGAGCUGGAGGAGGAUCUCAACUCUUCAAGAUCCGUGUGCAUCAACAACCAGUUGUCAGUUAGUUGAAAGAUUUCAAUAAUCUUCCAUGUGCACUUCAGUUAGUUGAAAGUUAAGCAAACAAGCUUCACCAUGUGACAUUUUUUCUGUCAUGCAAGUGAAGAGCUGGUCUUUUCAUAUAGUGGGUGGCUGCAAAACUUAACCAGAAAGGGUUGUUGGGCAUACAUCUAUCUUUAGGGACUGCAGCAGCUGCUGCUGCGUUUCCUUUAUCUAAAAAAAAAAA